CGAACUCGAGUUCAGGUACAAUUCUCUCGGUCGCUCUCUGCGUCGCGUUUCCCGUCCUCAACAACUCAGUUCGUCGUUGGCCGGGAGAGACGAGACAGGACAUAACGGUUGAUCAACGUUGGUCGCGGUCGGCUUUGCUUUCACUUGUUUCGAUCCACUGACAAAUUACUAAACAAUCGUUUAGUUGAUUUUUCUACAAAAUAUGGUUCUUUUCGCAAGUGUUUAGUGUCUUGUGAAGUGUUUUAGUGGAAAUACAGCUUUGUGUGGUUUAUUCAAAGCAAUAACCAGUGUGGGUUACAUUUUUAUACAAGUGCUUCUUGGAUUUUAUAUUUUGUUGGAUAUUUUUUACUGGACUGCGAGGAAUUUCUGUUGGCUUUUGCGUUUGAGAAUGAAGUAGCCGAGAUAUUAGGAAGUCCGCCGAUCAGGGCCGGACGUCCCUUUGAUCAACGUCCGCAAUGGGUUUGACGAGGUCCAUUUUUCUUCUCCUACUGGCGGCCUUUUGCUACUACCAGAUCAAAGCUGAACAAGGCGUUAAUGAAGAAGCAUCAAAAAUUGUCGUUCUUGACACGACGGGGGAGGCCAGUCUGGAUUGGACGCGGUACCCGUACGGUCCGCAGGCCAACACACCAGGGUGGGUGGAGGAGUCUUUUACGAAUUUCCAAAAAGGCAUUAAUUGGAGAUCUUACGUUGUGUGCGAUGUGGCAUACAACAAUGUCAACAACUGGUUGUGGACACCGUUUAUAGACAGGAAUGUAUCCAACAGGAUGUAUAUCGAAAUUAAGUUCACGAUAAGGGACUGCAGUCUUUUUCCUGGAAACGCGCUGUCCUGUAAAGAAACUUUCAGUUUGUUGUAUUACGAGUUUGAUGCAGUGACCAGAGAGCCUCCUCCAUGGGAUGCUGAGAGAUAUAAAUUAAUAAGUCGAAUAGCUGCUGGAGAAGGAAGGUUCAACUCAAACAGUGAAGUUAACAUUAACACUGAAGUGAAAAGUAUUCCAGUAACGAAAAAAGGCGUAUACUUUGCCUUCAGAGACCAGGGAGCAUGCAUAUCCUUACUAGCUAUAAAGAUAUAUUACAUAGUAUGUCCAGAGGUAACAGUAAACUUCGCUAGAUUUCCUUCAACGCCAACAGGCAAGGAAAUCACCCUUAUCGAGCAAGCCACUGGUACUUGCGUAAGCAAUGCUGAGGUCGUCGGUGGUACUCCAACGUACCUCUGCAAAGGAGAUGGAAAAUGGACGCUACCUACUGCUGGAUGCAAGUGCAAGGCUGGUUUUCAACCUGAUAUGGACAAACAAACCUGUAACGAAUGUCAACAAGAAACUUAUAAGGCUGAAAUCGGUGAUGGUCCAUGUCUUCCAUGUCCAGCGUUUUCUCAAGGACCUCACUAUGGCUUGACGGAAUGCCGAUGUAUUUCUGGAUAUUCCAGAGCACCUACCGAUCCUAAAAAUAUGUCCUGCACACAACCGCCGUCUGCACCACAGAACUUGACUGUAAGUUUCGUAGAUCAAUCGACAGUAAUUUUGAGUUGGCUUCCUCCAGAAACCCUGGGUGGAAGAACAGAUACUGCCUACAGGAUAAAAUGCGAUGUAUGUAGUUUGGGACUGGUCCAGUACAACCCAAGCAUGGAGACUUUCAACGAGACACGAAUCACAAUAAGUGGCUUGAACGCUGUGACUACCUAUAGAUUUCAGAUCUUUGCAGAAAAUGGUGUCUCGCACAUGUCUAUGAGGGAUUCCCCUCAAUACGCUGAUAUUGUUGUUACGACUGAAGCUUCAGUAGCUAGCAGCAUCACUAAUAUUAGAGUCACAUCUGUCAAAAGCACAGAAAUUACAUUGGCAUGGGAUGCACCUUCUAUCAACGAUGGAUCUGAUAAUGAGAAUGAUUUGGUCGAAACAUAUGAGAUUCGAUGGUUCCAAAGAAACGAUAUAGACUACAGCAACAAUAGUUUGCUGAUCUCAGACUUGUCUGUAACAAUUACUGGCUUACAACAACGAACAGAAUAUGGAUUACAAGUUAGAGCUAAAACUCAACGAGGAUGGGGAGCUUAUUCUCCGGUUAUUUUCAAAACAACCGGUCAGAUACUGAAUCCAGCAUACAUAGGCGAGGAAGAAGGUCUAAGACUACAACUGGUCGCUGGAGGAAUUGUUGCUGUAGUGGUGAUUUUGGUUGCGGUUAUAGUUCUCACUGUAGUUUUUCUAAGAUCGCGAUCAAACGACGAAUGCAACAAGAAGCAGCCCAGCGACUGUGAUACAUUAGAGUAUCGAAAUGGAGAAGUUCAUCAUAGCUUGGAUAAUCCUCCUAUAGUUGCUACACAUACCAACGUGACAACACCUCUCUUUACUGGAAUAAGUGGUUCCUCAAGGACCUACAUAGAUCCUCAUACAUAUGAAGAUCCCAACCAAGCAGUAAGAGAAUUCGCAAGAGAAAUAGAUGCAAGUUGUAUUACAAUUGAAGCUAUUAUAGGAGGAGGAGAAUUCGGUGACGUGUGCCGAGGAAAAUUAAAAAUGAACGGAGUCGAUAUCGACGUAGCAAUAAAAACCUUAAAAGCUGGAUCCUUGGACAAAUCCCGUAACGAUUUCCUGACGGAAGCGUCAAUAAUGGGACAAUUUGAACAUCCCAACGUUAUCUUUUUACAAGGUGUAGUUACAAAGUCGAAUCCAGUGAUGAUUAUCACAGAAUACAUGGAGAAUGGAUCACUUGAUACCUUCCUACGGGCAAACGAUGGAAAGUUCCAAGUGAUUCAGCUGACGGGUAUGUUGAGGGGUAUCGCAUCGGGUAUGCAGUACUUAAGUGAAAUGAAUUAUGUACAUCGAGAUUUAGCAGCAAGAAACGUGUUGGUGAAUUCGCAGUUAGUUUGUAAGAUAGCAGAUUUCGGCCUCAGCCGAGAAAUUGAAAGUGCCACUGAAGGAGCUUACACAACGAGGGGAGGAAAAAUUCCGGUGCGAUGGACAGCCCCAGAAGCCAUCGCCUUCCGUAAGUUUACUUCCGCCAGUGAUGUGUGGUCCAUGGGCAUAGUUUGUUGGGAAGUAAUGUCGUAUGGAGAACGGCCGUACUGGAACUGGUCGAAUCAAGAUGUCAUCAAAAGCAUCGAAAAAGGAUAUAGAUUGCCAGCGCCGAUGGAUUGUCCGGAGGCCAUUUACCAAUUAAUGUUAGACUGUUGGCAGAAAGAAAGGACACACAGGCCUACUUUCCAGUCGAUUGUAAAAACUUUAGAUAAAUUAAUUCGAGUCCCCGAUACCCUAAGAAAAAUUGCUCAGAAUCGAUCGAACAACCCCCUAUCUGCCGACGCCCCUGAUCUCACGAAUUUCACGUGCAUCGAAGAAUGGCUCAAUUCGAUAAAGAUGACCCGCUAUCUCGAGAACUUCCAUUCAGGCGGCAUCAACACGAUGGACGCCGUCGUCAAUCUCACCGUUAAAGAGCUAACGGAGCUAGGGAUCACCCUGGUGGGACACCAGAAGAAGAUAAUGAAUAGUGUCCAGAAUAUUAGGGCGCAAAUACGGGUAAACGGGAAUGAGGGGUUUCUAGUUUAAUAGCCUAGUUUUUGGUUACGAUGUCGGGAUUUUUUGAGAUGGCAAGAACUAGUUGGAUCAGUAAUAUACCAAUUAUCUCGAAUUAAAAUAUAAAUACCCCAUAAUUAUUUAUUUUAAUUACAUUAUCUUUAUUUCUGCAUAGAAAAAUUUUUGUAAGUCUGCGCCCAAGUAUUUUAAGUUUAGCGUGUUCACAAUUGGUUAAUUCCUCCAUACCCAGGUUGUUAUGAAAUAUUUCCGUUAUACUUUAUUAGUUUUUUGAAUUGUUCGAAUUUACUUUUUCCAGCUCUUUCACCGGUCCAUUUCCAUUAUAACAUUAACAAUAAUUAACCUUUGAUGUACUAUUUUUGCAAUUUUCCUGUUAUUCUUUUCUUCUUUAGUAGUUAUUAUAAUUUUCUGUAUUUCUCUUUUCAAGUUUCGUUAGGUCAUCAUUUAUGUAUAUACGGGUCGGCAGUUUCUUGAGUUUAGUUUUGUUUUUCAUUAUCUAAACAUAUAUUUUGUCUUUUAACUAUCUACUUGCUUAAUUUAUUUUUACUUCUUUACUCAUUUUAUUUUGUUACCCUGCUUCUGUUCUUCUCUUAAUAUACUUGGAUUAUUUUUAUCAAUAUUGAUCAUCCAAAAUGGUUGUUACAUUUUUUAAAUAAUUGCUUUUCCAUUCAUUUAUAAAAGUAAUUGUCUUAAUAGCAAAUAAAUAGGAAAAAAUAAAAUAUUGUUCUCAAAUAAAAGGGAAAAUAUGAUUCAGUGUUCUGUAUUUGUUUCCAUUUUUGCCGAUCUCAAAAUUUUUUGACAUUUGACGUUUGAAGUGCGGACGGAAAACUAGACUAGAAAGACGUAUUAGUGAGUAAACGCGGGACAGAUUAGAAAAAUGAAUUGUGUCAAAGUAUCAAUAGAACACUUAAUAUAAUAUUUUGUGAAUCGGAACUUUAUAAUGACGAAACUUUUUAUAUAUAUAGUAUAUAUACCUGGCAGCUUGGCUUUAUUUAUUCAAGUAAAAAUCAAAAUGACUAAAGUGUUUUUGAUCAAGGACUCUAACGCGAUUUUUAGCCCUGUUAUAUGUUGAGAUUGAGAUUGUUUAAUUGUGAUUUUUUAAUAAUUAUUGACUUAUUUAAUUCCUUAGGUUUCUAUAUAAGAGAAAUAAACUUACAUUGAUUGUAUAAUAUAAAUAUGCACCAAUAUACAGGGUGUAGCAAGAAGGUAGGUCAUAAAUUAAAUCACAUUCUGGGACCAAAAAUAGUUCGAUUGAACCUAACUUUCCUCAGUACAAAUGUGCACUUAAAAACAGUUACAGUCCUUUGAAGUUACAAAAUGAAAAUAGAUUUUUCCAAUACAUCGAAAACUGUUAGAGAUUUUAUAUUGAAAAUGUACGUGCGGCUUUCUUAAAGCAGAAAAAUCUAAAAAAAAUAACAGUGAAAUUUGUGCAUCCCAUAAAAAUUUCAUGGAGGUUUUGUUCACUUAAACCCUCAUAAUUGUUUGUGUACGUUGCAAUUUUAUUAUUGUGGUACCAUUCGUUAAACACAAUGUUUUUAAAUUUUUUUUGCCUUUUAGUACUUUUUCGAUAAGCCAGUUUGUAGAAAUGCGACUUCUUUUUUAAUAUGUUUCAAAAUUUGUAAGUGUCUAACAAAAAGUAAAUUAUAAGUAAAUUUUCAUAAUAUUACCAGGUUUCUAUAAUCUUACUUAACCCUUUACAAAUAUGUGGUAGAUUUUACAAAUGUUCAAAAUAUCUUGAUAAAAACUGGCAUAUCGAAAAAGUACUCAGAGGCAAAAAAGUUUUAAAAAUAUUGUGUUUAACUAAUGGUACCGCAAUAAUAAGUUAAUUGGAACGUACACAAACAUAUGAGGGGUUUUAUUCCCUUAAAGGGAAUAAAACCCCCUAAAAUUUUUUAUGGGGUUCACAAAGUGGUCAUUUUUUAUGUGUACAGUUGUUAGGUUCAGUCGAACUAUUUUUGGUCCCAGAAUAUUUUAUUUAAUGUAUUACCUACCUUUUUGUUACACCCUGUAACUGGACCAGAAAAAGUAAUCUGUAGCAACUUAUAUUGAUUUCAUUUUUCAUUUAUUAUUCUGAAUCUACCUUCUAAACCCUUUCCAUCUUUUUAACAAACUUCAAAAUUCAGUCAGAAACAUUACUAUACAGUGCUAGUCAAAAGUCCGUACCCCCCCUCUUAUCUUUUGAACGGUUUUACCUAUAAUAGUGAAAUUUGGAUGGAGGAAAUUAACUGACGUAAGCUUCUUAACUAGUUAUGACAGGUGACGUAAUAG